AUACUGUAUGUUGAACUCUUCGUAAUAUGUUGGUUGACCAAUGAUUAUUUUCAUUAAUAUUUAGACUAAGAAGUUAAAGUAGGCGCUAAAUUGUACUGAAAAAUUUAGUGUGUGCUUGUAACAAUAGUUUUCGUUUAGUUCUUUGUGUGUUAAAGUUGUGAACUAAUGAAGUCAUCAAUAUGGUAGCUUAACAAAGUAGUAGUACAUUACCAAUACCAAAGUAGUGUGUCAUAAAUAUAAUAUAAUGAUGGAUUCAGAAGAUGACAUUCAACCUCUCAUACGAUACGAACAAGGGACUACUAGGGGGUCCUUACAUGCCAUAUUGAACUUUUCAGAACAGUCAAUAAACACUGAUCCUGAAUUUGACCAGGUAGUACAUGGGUACAGAAAAAGCAGAUGGCGGACAUUUCUUGUCUAUAUAUUCACGGUUUUAACAUGUGGGAUACCCGCUUUGAUCUUCCACUGGUACCCGAGAUGGUAUCUCUAUGCAACUUCAGAAAGAUGCUGCUUCCAGUUGGCAGAGCAAGUUAUUGUAGUGGAAACCUAUCAGAAGAAAUGUAAAAGUUAUUACAUACAUAAAAUCCUGAUCAAAGUAAUUGCAGAUGCAAGUGGUUUGAUAAAUGAAGGUUUUCAAGAAGAAAUAGGCGGUGAAAAAGGAACUCUGGAUAGUGCAGAUGACUUGUACACACCUAUACAUUUGGACGACGGCACUACUUUAAAUGUCCAGAGCUAUCGUUACUUCCGUCACAAGAAACAGACAUUGGUAUGGGAGACAACGCGCGCUGCGUGGGUGCGGCUCGCGGGCCUCGACAGUGGCGCCACUUGCUCGCAGUUACACGCGAUGGCGACACGAGCGCCCAGCGCGGACCGACGACUGCGGAUGCUAAAUAUUUAUGGCCUAAAUGAAAUAAAGGUUCCGGUACAAUCAAUAAUGACCCUAAUAAUAUUAGAAGUGUUCAAUCCAUUCUACGUGUUUCAAUUAUUCACAAUAGCAGUGUGGUUAGCGGAGCCUUAUUACUAUUACUGUGUUGCUGUUGUAUUGAUGUCUACGUUUGGUGUUGCCACAUCUGUUAUACAGACACAUAAGAAUCAAAAGACCCUCCGUGCGACAGUGGAAGCCCACGACACAGUUCAGCUGUGGGGAGAGAGGUCAGUGGACAGCAGAUCUUUGAGUCCUGGCGAUGUGCUGGUGCUGCCACCUAACGGAUGUAUCCUGCACUGUGAUGCUGUGUUACUGACCGGCUCAGCUAUACUUAAUGAGAGCAUGCUCACUGGUGAAUCAGUACCAGUGACAAAGACAGCACUACAACGUAUCGACAGACCGUUCAAUCAUAAGGAGCAUGCAUCUAGUAUUAUAUUUUGUGGAACUAAAGUUAUACAAACACGUUACUAUAAUAAUGAACCUGUCAGGGCGUUAGUACUCCGCACGGGGUACAAUACGAGCAAAGGGCAGUUAGUGAGGAGCAUCCUGUACCCUGUACCGGCUGACUUCAAGUUUGACAGGGAUUCAUAUAAAUUCAUCUUCAUAUUAGCCUGCAUCUCUAUAUUGGGUUUAUGCUAUACUGUUGCACUUAAGGCGUCUCGUUCUGUAACAGUAAACGACGUGGUACUAAAGGCACUAGAUAUAAUAACUAUCGUAGUGCCGCCCGCGUUGCCCGCCGCCAUGACAGUAGGGCGGCUGUACGCGGUGUCGCGACUGCGGCGCGCCCGCAUCGCCUGUCUCAACACACGCGCAGUCAACGUCUCAGGCUCGCUCGACUGUAUGUGCUUUGACAAGACGGGGACAUUAACAGAAGAUGGUUUAGAUAUGUGGGGUGUGGUGGCUGUUAGCGCGGCCAGUGAGCCGCCGCGUUUGGGCCGACCUCAACGAGACCCAAGACACCUAAAUGAUCUGCAUGACCUCAAGAUAGGCAUGGCCACCUGUCACAGCCUGACUCUGCUUAAUGGGGAACUAGCUGGCGAUCCGUUGGACCUCAAAAUGUUUGAAUCAACUGGAUGGACUUUAGAAGAGCCUGAUGUACCGGAAUUGUCAAACUACGAGAUCCUGACGCCUACUAUUGUUAGACCAAAGAAAACUGCUAAUAUCAAUGUUGAUGAUAUCCAUAUGCCACUCGAGGUGGGCAUAGUGCAGCAGUACCAGUUCGUGUCUUCACUGCAGAGGUCUGCUGUGGUGGUGCGGCUGCUGGGUGAGGACGUACUGCGUGUCUACUGCAAGGGUGCUCCGGAGACGCUGCGCACGCUCUGCCGACCAGACACCGUGCCUGAGAAUCUGAAUGAAAUCCUGAGUUCGUACGCUGAGAAAGGUUACCGUGUGAUCGCUAUGUCUACAAAAAUAAUGGAGGUCACCUUCAAGCAGCUGCAGAAGAUGACCAGGGAUGAGAUCGAGUGUGACUUGGAGUUUUUGGGUCUGGUGAUAAUGGAGAACAGGCUGAAGGCGGCAACAACGGGCAUUAUACGGGAACUAAAAGAAGCUAACAUUCACGUCGUUAUGAUUACUGGUGACAACGUGCAUACAGCAGUGAGCGUGGCGAAGGAGUGCGGAGUGCUGCAGAGUGGAGAGCGCGUGGUGUACCUCGUGCCGCACUCCGACACACGCGGCACUACUCUCUACUGCGAGAGCACUCUGCAUGGGGUUCCAGUUGGUCGGAAGACGUCUCUGGAGCAGGUGUGCUCGUGGCGCAGCGAGGACAGCGGGCGGGGCUCCUGGCGCGGCUCGGGCUCCACCGGGGACUCCGCCCUCGACGUCGAGGCGCCCAUUGUCAUGCCCAACUACAAGAUUGUUAUGACUGGAGAUGCUUGGAAGAUUCUGCGAGAGCGUUACCCGUCUCUAGUGCCGCGUGUUGUGUCUCGCGGUGCGGUGUUCGCGCGGAUGACAGCAGACCAGAAGCAGCAGCUCAUUGUGGAAUACCAAGCUCUGGGAUAUUACGUUGGAAUGUGUGGCGAUGGCGCCAACGAUUGUGGGGCACUUCGUGCGGCUCACACCGGCAUCUCGCUGUCGGAGCUGGAGAGCAGCGUCGCAGCACCAUUCACCUCCUCCCAGCCAGAUGUCACCUGUGUCACACAUGUGCUGCGCGAGGGUCGCGCCGCUCUCAGCACCAGCUUCGGAGUCUUCAAAUUCAUGAUCGCAUACUCCCUCACAGAGUUCCUCUCGGUCGCUUUCCUCUACUACUUUGAUUCCAAUCUCACAGAUUUUCAAUAUCUCUUUAUAGAUGUCGCUCUUAUCGUCAACUUUGCGUUCUUCUUCGGUAUGACAGAAGCACACACUGGAAGACUUUGUAAAAUACCUCCAUUGACUUCUUUAUUAGGUUUCGCUCCUUUAGUGUCUUUGAUAGGUCAAAUGACUUUGAUAGCUGUGAUUCAGUAUUUAAGUUAUCUCGCUAUAACUCAGUUUCCAUGGUACGUACGUCAUACUUACGAAGGUGAUAAUGCGAACGAAUGUUGGGAGAAUUACGCUAUAUUUACGGUUUCAAUGUUCCAGUAUAUUAUAUUAGCUAUAGUUUUCAGUCACGGCGCCCCCUAUCGCCGCUCAGUGAUAACUAAUAGACAUCUAAUGAUAAGUGUUGUCAUUAUGACAGUUGUUUGUGCAUAUUUGACACUAUCUCCAGCUAAAUGGCUGUCUGAAUUCUUCCAAUUAAAAAUGCCUAAAGAUAAUUUGAUGGGUUAUAUUGUGUUGGCGUUGGCUUCGUUUAAUUUUGUAUUCGCUUUGUUCUUCGAAAGAGUUGUUGUACAAUUCUUUAUGGAAACAAAAGAGGUAAUACCGAAGUGUUUGAAAGAAAAAAAGAUAAUGAAAACUCCACAUUUAAUGAUAAAAAGACAAUUAACUGAUAUUGAUUAUUUGGACUGUGAUAGUAUUGUACAAACAGAAACGAGCAGCUGA